AUGGAGUUGUUCGUUUCUGAGUACCCAGUUUUGAACUGGCUCGCCUUUAUAAUCUCCCUAUACUUGGUGAAUAGAACUCUAAAUUCCCUAUAUACCAAAUAUCUAGAACGGAAGCAUGGGUGUAAACCAAUCAACGCUAAAGUUCGUAAUUUGUUAUUUGGAAUUCCAUUCUACUUGAAGUCUUUUAAAAUGAAAAAGCAAGGAGUGAUGAUUGACUUCUCAAAUAAUAGAUUUAAAGAGCUAAAUGCUCAUACCGUUGACUUUGCAUUUGCUGGACAGAAAUUUAUCCAAACGAUAGAACCAGAUAACAUCAAGGCCAUGCUUGCAACCCAGUUCAACGAUUUUGGGUUUGGGACGAGACACGGUGCUUUUGCUCCAUUGCUUGGAGAUGGUAUUUUCACAUUAGAAGGUGAUGGCUGGAAACACUCAAGGGCAAUGUUAAGACCUCAGUUUGCAAGGGAACAAGUUUCCCAAGUAAAAGCACUCGAAUUGCAUUUACAAUCUUUUGCAAAGCACGUUACACUUACAAGGGGUAAUAAAUUUGACAUUCAGCUGCUCUUUUUCAAAUUAACAUUGGAUAGUUCAACCGAGUUUUUGUUCGGUAGUACAGUGGGAACCUUGAAAGAAGAAAAUAUAAGUAUGACUGAAGUAUCGGAGUUUGGAAAUAAGAAUAAGUUUGAAAAGGCAUUUGAUACUUCCCAGAUAACAGUGAGCAACAGGGGAAUGUCUCAAAACUUGUAUUGGAUAAUAAACAAUAAAGAAUUCCGUGAAAAUUGUGACUUAGUUCAUCAAUUUGCAGAUUUUUAUGUUCAAAAGGCUUUAGAUGCCAAUCCCCAAGACCUUGAGAAAAUAUCCGAAGAUAAAGGAUAUGUAUUCCUUUAUGAGCUAGUAAAGGAAACUAGAAACCCUCAGGUCUUGAGAGACCAAUUGUUGAACAUCUUGCUUGCAGGCAGAGAUACAACAGCAGGAUUACUCUCAUUUACAUUUUUUGAAUUGGCAAGGAGACCCGAUGUCUGGGCAAAACUAAAGGAAGAAGUGUAUGAAAGUUUUGGAUCUGGUGAUGAUAUAAACUUUGAAGCAAUGAACUUUGAAACCUUGAAGAAAUGCCAAUAUCUUAAGUCUGUGUUAAACGAAGCAUUGAGAAUGUACCCCUCAGUUCCAUUCAACUUCAGAUGUGCAACAAAAAAUACUACCUUACCUGUUGGCGGUGGCCCAGAUGAGAAGUCUCCAAUAUUAGUUAAGAAGGGUGAAAAUGUUGUGUACUUUCCUUAUUCAAUGCAGAGAGAUCCACGGUAUUACGGAAAAGACGCCGACUACUUCCGCCCAGAGAGAUGGCUUACUGGAGAGACAAAGAAGUUAGGUUGGGCAUAUUUACCAUUUAAUGGUGGCCCAAGAAUAUGCCUUGGCCAGCAGUUUGCCUUGACUCAGGCAAGUUAUGUGGUUGCACGUUUAUGCCAAACAUUCCCAAAUAUUGAAUCCUUUGAUGACGAAUAUCCACCAAGAAAGAAUACCUACUUGACUAUGUCACACGUUAACGGUGUUUUUAUUGGUCUUUCAUAA